UACUUUCUCAGACUAAUUGGAUUCAUUUGUGAGGAAAUUAAUCAAGGGAGCUCAAAUGGAGUACAACAAGUUACUUGCUAGAAGUUUUAGUCACUACGAACAAAAAAUGAUCGGUUGCUGGGCAUUCAGUGUCUUCUUGAUCAUUACAAUUCUUACUUACUAUUUUGCUUUGAUCUCCAACCCUUCGUCGUUAGCUAGUAUUCCAAUUCUGAAUACUGAUGCCGAUUUAAGAAUGGUAGUGUUUCGUGAUACAAGCAGUCGAAUACAGCAAUUAUAUUCUGAUCAUGAUCAUCAAGUGAUAGAGAGUUCCGAACUCGAAGUGAAAGAGAUUAUCAAGGAAGUGAUCGAAGUUGUAGAUCGCAUUGAUGGUCAAACGAAACAGGAAACAGUCGAGCUUCCACCAGUGUGUAAUGUAUCAGACCAGAAAUUUGAUAUUUGUGAUAUUGAUGGCGAUAUUAGGAUCGAUGGGAAAUCAUCUACCAUUCUUUAUACUUCUUCAUCUACAAACGGUUAUUUUGCUGGGAAUGACUCUUGGAGGAUUCAGCCAUACCCUCGGAAAACAGAUAAAGGAGCGAUGAAAAAUGUCAAUGAAAUAUUGGUGAAGCCGUUUCUCAACAAUGACUCAUAUGCACCUACUUGCACUCGUUAUCAGAGUGUUCCCGCGGUAAUUUUCUCCGUUGGAGGCUUCGCUUCUAACCAUUUCCACGCCUACAACGAUGUACUGGUUCCACUUUUCCUCACUUCUCGACAAUUCAACCAAGAAGUUCAAUUUCUUAUAACGGACUCAAAACCGUCAUGGAUCUCGAAGUACAAAUUAAUUCUGGAUGCUCUAUCCAAAUAUCCAAUUCUCGACCUUGACAAACAAAAUGAUGCACUUUGCUACAAAAAAGUCAUCCUGGGUCUCAACUUUCAUAAGUUUUUAAGCAUCGAUCCUCUGAAGUCCCCGAAAAACUAUUCAAUGGAGAACUUCACUCAGUUCUUAAGGAGCGCGUACUCACUAAAGAGAUCUUCACCGAUAAAUAUGACCGUAAAAGGCAGUGGUCAUCGCAAGAAACAUCCGAGGCUUUUGAUUGUUUCACGUCAGAGAACUCGUAAAUUCAGUAACGUAAACUCGAUAGCUAAAAUGGCUAAAAGUUUGGGUUAUCAGGUGGUAAUAGAAGAGCCCAGCUAUGCUAAGGAUGCAUCCACGUUCACACAAAUGGUGAAUUCAUGCGACGUGAUGAUGGGAGUUCAUGGGGCAGGAUUAACUAACAUCGUAUUUCUUCCUCCUGGUGCUGUAUUUAUUCAGGUUGUACCUUUUGGAGUGAAAUGGGUCUCCACAAAAUAUUUUGCAGAACCGGCACCGGAUAUGAAGUUGCAAUACUUGGAGUACAAGAUAGCUGCAAAUGAAAGUUCUUUAAUCCAGCAGUAUCCAAUUGAUCAUGCUGUUUUUAAGGACCCUCAUUCAAUUGGAAAACAAGGAUGGAAUGUGUUCAAGUCUGUAUAUUUAGACAAACAAGAUGUGAAUUUAGAUGUUGGAAGAUUUAGACCUACCCUGUUAAAAGCACUUGAUUUGCUUCGUAAAUAGCUAGGGUCAUGCACAAUUUCAUCAAGUACG